CGCCAUCGAAAGCUUCUGUGCUAGCUAUUCAACGUUCGCCGAAAACACCACGGUUUCUUCUCCGAUGUAGUGAUCGUAUCGUUUGAUUGGUCACCUGCGAUUAUUCUGAGAUAAUUCAGGAAAGAUCUUGAGCCAUGGACUGGUUGAUGGGGAAGGCGAAGAAAAGAGAGAAACCACCAGUUGAAGAAAAAAAAUUGUACUUAGAACCAAAGUAUGCAAAUAUCAAAUUGGACAAUCUAGAUUUUUGUGAGACUGUUAAAUUACCUGAUGGAAUUUGCAUAAAUGAAUGGUUAGCAACAUUUGCUAUAGCGUUUUUCAACAACAUUAAUCUGCAGUACGGCUGCAUAUCCGAAUUCUGUACGCAGACUCUAUGCUCCACUAUGUCGGCGCCAAACUCAACGACUUACACAUGGGUCGAUGAAAAGGGCAAGAAAAGUAAAUGUACGGCCGCACAGUACGUGGAUUAUGUUAUGACAUCACUGCAGAAAUACAUCAGUGAUGAAAAUGUCUUCCCAACAAAAUACGAUGUUGUCUUCCCUGCAGACUUUGAAAGCAUCAUACAGAGGAUAUUCCGUAUGCUGUUCCAUGUCAUGGCACACAUAUACCAUGCUCAUUUUGAACACAUGGUUCUUCUAGACAAUGAAGCUGAUCUCCACUGUUUGUUUACGCAUUUUAUUUACUUUUCACGAGAAUUCAAUUUACUGGACAGCAAAGAGACUGUGAUACUCGAUGACCUCAUAGAGCUUUUAGGACUCAACUCUCAGAGCAAAUCGAAAGAGGAAUCUGUUACUGCAAAUGCAACGACAGCGAGGUAAAGGUUACCAGCAGGACAUUAUCAAGAAUGACUAUGCUUCUGCAUCUAUAAUAAUGGUUGUGCUGUGCCGCAUGUAUGACCUCUAGAUAUGGACGAAUACAAACAAUGCAAUUGUAACAACACCUACCGCAUAAAUUUCAAUGUAAUGAAUCUCAGUCUACAAAUACAAAACUCAUUUCAACGGUUAAAGAACCUUGCGCAUCUUGAAUGCAACUUUAAAACUCUUGUUGUUCUUCUGUGCAGAAUUCCUAACUCCGUC